UUCCUAUCCCGUCCGCAUCCUGCGAGACGCCGUGAACCGAAUUUCCCUGGAAGUCCAGGGUACUCAUUGAUGCCCCGGUCACGUGAAAAUGAAUACCUUCAAAUUCGGCGGGGCGGAGGACAAGCUCUUUUUCUUCCUCUCCGUCAACUAACGAACACGCAGGCUUCUGCAAACAACAUCUUCUUUGCAUGUAUUACCUGAAACAUACAUUGAUAAGUUUUAGACAGAUCACCACCGCGAUGGCGUCGGCAGCGAAGCCCCCUCCAGGUCACUUCAACAUCCUCUACUUUGCCAGCGCCGGUUCCUAUACCGGUAAAGACCACGAAGCCCUUCCCGCGACGCUUCCCCUCCGGAAUCUCUUCGCCGAACUGGAGUCGCGGUAUCCCGGCAUAAAGGCCAAGGUGCUUGACUCUUGCCUGGUUACCGUCAAUCUUGACUAUGUAGACGUGUCUGAAGAGGGUGCCGACGAUACCGUAAUCCAGGAAGCGGACGAGGUGGCCAUAAUUCCACCUGUAAGCUCUGGCUAGAGUGUUGAUGGGAGUGUCAAUGCAUUAAAUGAUUGUCCAUGCGUCCGUGUCAGCCGCUUCCUAGCCAGUCGUAAGAGCCCCCGUAGCUGCGAUGGGCUCUGAUCCCGCGCAGAUGUCACCUUUACG